CUGUGAACCAUAUUGAAGAGAAGUGGUAAUAAAUUUUGUGGCUUUCCCAAUACACAUUGAAGUGAGGCCUAAACCAAGAUAAAGGAGAAUGGGGAGAAAGGAAAAACAGCAAAAUGCAAUGAACGAAGGCAAAAUAUGAUACAGCAAACGUUGAUUAAAUUAAACAGAAUGUCCGAGCUUAUAAGGCAGUUAGGUAAGGAAACUGUUACAUUGGUGGUUCUGCUGCCCUUUUCUGGAGUCUGCGGUCCCCUUUCACCUCUGCUGUAAAGCUUAAGCAUCGCCACAAAUUUUAUGAUUUUUUGUUGUGAAUUCAAGCACAAUUCAAAAGAACCCACAAAAGCAAGAAAACAAAGAAAAAUCAUACUAGAUUGAACAAGGGAACAUGCUAAUAAAAUGUUUGUAGCAUUUACCCAUCAAAAACCAUCACCAUCUCCCAUUGUAAUCCACUUCUUUCUUACUGUUAUCUACCUUGAAUGACCAUAUCCCUCUCUUAAUUAAUUUUGUUUGGCAAAUGUAAAGUGUGAUGUUGCCGCAACUAACAACUGUCUUCUAUUAAAGUUCCACUCUUGGGGCUUUAAUAGGAAUGGGGGAGAUAUUGAACAAGUCAAUGGUGUUCUAGUUGUGAUUGGGUGUGUUGUCAAUUUUAGCAGGUGGGGUUUUGGAAAAAACUGCAAAUCCUAUGCACUUUGAAAAGAGUUUUGAUUGAUUGGCAGGGGCAGUAAAAAGGGGUCUGUUUUGCUGAGUUCAGAUAUCUCAUUCUUGUUUUUUUCUUGAAACUAUAUAAGUACAGUAUGAAGAAGCCAAAAUAGAAAGAGUGGCCAAACCAGCAGAAAGGGAGCUUCAUUUGCUUCUCUUGUUGGCUACAUUUACUUCUUCCUCCUACUCCCAACACUUUUGCAGUGUAUCAAAAUCUGAUCUUUUUGUUCUUUACUUAGACAGCUUCCUUCUUUGGAGGCAUUUUUGUUAUUAUUUAGAGGUCUCAUUGGCCUCGUUUUCAUUCUGUUGUGAAUUUGAGGCUAAGGCUAAUUAAUUGAAUAUGGAGGCCAUUCAACAAAGUAAAGCCCUCAAAGAUAAAAUUAUUGUUUCUCCAGGGAAAAGGGAUGCUCCCCUGUUUGCCUGGCCAUGGGAGAACUUCGGGAAUUACAAGUACUUGUUUUACGUGGCAAUUCUUGCAAAAUACUUCCAUUGGACAAGAGAGUUGGAGACUUGGGAUACCAACUGGUGCUUUCAUAUCCUGCUCUUGUGUGGCCUGAGAUGUUUAGUUCAUCAGUUGUGGAGCACUUACACCGGCAUGCUUUUUCUUAAUGGCAAUCGCCGGAUUUCUCAAGAUGGCGUAGAUUUUGAGCAAAUUGAUGCAGAAUGGCAUUGGGAUAAUUUUAUAAUUCUUCAAGCUAUAGGAGGUAUAUUGGCCUAUUGGAGCAUCCCAUCUUUAUACAAUCUUCCUUUGUGGGAUGGAAGGGGUUUUAUUUGUUGUUUGGUACUCCAUAUUGGAGUAUCAGAGCCCUUGUAUUAUUGGGUACAUAGAUUGUUACAUAGCCCUAAUUUCUUCACAAAUUUCCAUUGGUUACAUCACAGUACCAAAGUUUUACAUUCAUUUUCAGCUGGACAAGCAACAUUUCUUGAACAUUUGAUACUUUGCGUAGUCGUAGGAGUGCCGACUUUGGUAACUGCUCUCAUUGGCUAUGGAUCAAUAAGCAUGAUGUACAGUUACUUAGUGGUUUUUGAUUUCCUAAGAUGCUUGGGACACAGCAAUGUCGAAGUUAUCUCACAUCAUCUUUUUGAUACUGUUCCAUUUCUCAAGUAUCUCAUCUAUACGCCCACAUACCACAAUAUCCAUCACAUGGAUAUGCGAUCAAAUUUUUGUCUCUUCAUGCCUAUUUAUGACAUACUGGGGAAGACGAUGAACUCACACUAUUUGGACAUCCAUAAAGAAAUCACCACGAGGAAAAAUGAAAGAGUCCCAGAUUUCGUGUUUCUAGCCCAUAUUGUGGAUAUAAUGUCUGCAAUGCACGCUCCAUUUGUUUUCCGAUCAUUCAACUCCACACCUUUCGGCACGCAACUCUUCCUGUUUCCCAUGUGGCCUUUCACCUUUUUGGUUAUGCUUGCCAUGUGGACCAAAGCAAAAACAUUUUUGUACACUUUCUACAAUCUUAGAGGUAGGUUACACGCAACAUGGGUUGUGCCAAGGUUCGGUUUCCAGUAUUUCUUACCUUUUGCUGCCGACGGCAUAAACAAACACAUUGAAGAAGCCAUCCUUAGAGCUGAUAGACUUGGUGUCAAGGUCAUUAGCCUCGCUGCACUAAACAAGAAUGAAAGUCUGAAUGGAGGUGGAACUCUUUUUGUCAACAAACACCCUGACCUGAGAGUUUCAGUUGUCCAUGGAAACACCUUAACUUCUGCUGUGAUCCUUCAUGAGAUCCCUCAGGAUGUCGAUGAGGUUUUCUUGACAGGUGCAACUUCAAAGUUAGGAAGGGCUAUUGCCCUUUACCUAGCCCGCCGUGGGGUCAGAGUUCUUAUGCUUACACAAUCGAAAGAAAGAUUUUCAAAAAUCCAGAAAGAAGCCCCGGAGGAAUUCCAGAAGUUCUUAGUUCAAGUGACCAAGUAUGACUCAGCUAAACAUUGCAAGACAUGGAUUAUCGGGAAGUGGUCUACCCCUCGAGAACAGAGUUGGGCACCAUCAGGAACACAUUUUCACCAGUUUGUGGUUCCACCCAUCAUUCCUUUCCGUAGGGAUUGUACUUAUGGAGACUUAGCAGCAAUGAGGCUUCCGAAAGAUGUUGAGGGCUUGGGAUCAUGUGAGUAUACGAUGGAAAGAGGUGUCGUACAUGCAUGCCACGCCGGUGGGGUGGUUCAUUUCCUAGAAGGUUGGAAACAUCACGAAGUGGGAGCUAUCGAUGUGGAUCAGAUCGAUGUAGUUUGGGAAGCUGCCUUAAGACAUGGCCUCAAACCCAUGUAGCAGCAGCUAAAGCAUGUUGAAGACAUUGUAGCUGCUUCUUUCGUAUUUGAUUACUGGAAAAAGAUCAAUUUUUUUGCUGCUUCACACAUAACACUUUGUUAUCCAUCUAAAAAUAGUUGUUUUGAAAGUAACAGCUAGUAGUUCUGGAGGGAUUUGUACCAAAUGGAAGAAUGUCUGGUACAUUGUACCUCAAAUUCAUCGCAGUUGGAAGUUGGAACUUCAUCAACCAUAUUUUUUAAGUGUAAAGAAUUCUCUACCAGACAGAAUGUCAAUGAAAAUAUCAAGCGAAAAAUGCUUGCUUUUUUACUGAGCCCUCGUUCAUAUAUAUGUGAAUUUGUUUUCAUUCACCAAAAUUCCCAGCAUAUGAAUCCAUUCCGAGCAACAGGAAGAAAUUCACUCUUGGCAGUCGGCAAGAGCACAUCAGUGAAGAAGCUUUUUUUUUUUUUUUU